AUGUUUCAAAAAAAACGAAUUGUUUUUCUUGCCUUGAUUUUUUUUAUACCUCAUGCACUUUCUUGGGGAUUCGUAGCAGCAAUAGCACAGAACUUUCUUUUUCCAAAUGUUUUAGAGAAAGUCAUUGAAUUGCUUCCAGUACAAGCACAUGAAAAUUUAGCAUAUAUAGCAGCAUGGGCAGAUCAAAUUAAACAUAAAGAGCAAUACAGAUUUACGUCACCAAUGCACUAUACCAAUCCGUCACCACUAUAUGAUAAUCCGCCAUCUCAUUGCGCUUUUGAUUGGGAUAAAAAAAAAGUUGAUUUGAUUAGUGCAAUUCAUAAUUAUUCAAAUAGACUUGAUCCAAAUUCAGAUCUUAACUAUUGGUCAAGAGCUGAAGCACUAAGAUUUUUGGUUCAUUUUAUCGGUGAUUUACAUCAGCCUUUGCAUCGUAAGUUAUAUAUCUCUAAACGAAUUCGAGAAUUUAAUCAAAAUUCUACUAUUGACUAUAAUUUACCCGAGGAUUAUAGUCAGUUUAAUUCUUCUGAACCCUUAUUUGAUGGACAAUUUUAUGAUUUAUAUUUAAAAUACAUAAUUAAUUUAAUGAAUACAACAUGGCGCGGCGAACUUUCACAAUGGACAAUUUGUAAUGAAGACUUCAAAUUAUCAACCGAGCUUCCCUUAUCUGGCCCCAAUCAAUUACAUUUCUCUUCUGCAAGCGAUUCUUCUGAUUAUUUUCACUUAUCAAUGAAUCAAGAAUUUUCAUUCAGUGCUGCUUGUCCAGAAUAUUGGGCUAUACCACUAAAUAAAUUAAAUUGUCAAGUAGUUUUAAAUGGAUAUGAUCGUGAAUUAGAUUUGAGUAUCGGUGAAUAUUAUGAGAAAAUUGUUAAAUAUAAUAUUAUGGAGAAAUUAUUAGCUAUUUCUGGAUAUAGAAUUGCUGCUGUGCUGAAUACUAUUCUUAAAUAA